UGCUUCAUCUGGGCAAUCAUGACUGUGCUCUGCCUCUUUAUUGCAUAAUUAAUAAGUCAUUCAACAGGGAUGUCUUAUAUCCGCAAAAGGAAAAAAAAAUCUGCAAGAGGAGCUUUUGUCUUUCAGGCUAAUUAAGUUCACAUUCUCUGCUAUGCUUUGAUUGGCUGCUUUGGAGUUUGUGAACCAGGUCAGGGACCGCUGAGUAUGUCAUGGUUCAGGGUUACCGAGCCACACUUGGCAGUACCAGAGGAGAUACAGAGAUAGCAGCAGGGCAUACAAGCAGACACAUCUCUUUUAAAACCUGGAAACAAUUAAUUGAACAUCAGAUUUUUAUUAUGCAAAUGGACGUGAAUGUCGUUGUUAAGGGAGUCCUCAGCAUGCCAACGUCCAAUCAGGGCUGGCCUGAGGAUUUCGGCUUCCAGCUGGGUGGGAAUGGACCCAGCUACAUCCUGUCUGUGGAGGAAGGUAGCAGCGCCCACCUGGCAGGGUUGCAGGCUGGAGACCAAGUCCUGGAGAUCGAAGGCCACAAUGUGUCGACAAUGGCUCCACAAGCUGUCAUUGCCAUCGCUCACACUCAAAAGAACAUCCCUCCCAGUAUCGGAGUGGUAUCUCGUAUACAGCAGAUGGACAUCAUACCAGGUGCAGAUGGUCGUUUUGGGUUCACCAUUGUGGGAGAUUGCCCCCUGCUGGUGGAAGACUGCUCGCCCUGCUCUCCGGCCGGCCGUGCAGGUCUUAGGGCUGGCGAUUACGUCAUGGAGGUCAAUGGCAUCCCCGUUAGGCAGCAUGAGACGGCCGCGGCUUUGAUCAAGGCCUCCCAAGGGAGGACACUCCGUCUGGGGGUGUUGUGUCUUGGACCAAGACAGAAACGAAGCAUCAGCAUUGAAGAUAGUCAGAUGGGGGGAGAGGGGGCAAGACUGGACCGUAAACACAAGGCUUUGGAAUUCAACAGGAAGGUUGACCAGAUUUUAAGUGACGAGCCAGAAGUGAAAGAGAGACUCUUUGCUGUGCUCAAGCAGUAUGCAGCCGAGAAGAGAGUUGAUUGGUUGGCUGCUGUCCUGCCAGAAAUAUUGACCACGGACGAGCACCGUCAGCUCAUCUCCAGUAUCAGAAUCUUCAUUCCCAAGAAGCACCGGCAGCGCUUUGACGAAGCUGUCUCUCAGAACGUGAUCAACCGGCUGUGCCGCAGCAAGAGCAUCAGCGAGCCACAGGGUCGACUCCGACGCAGCCGGAGCGAGGAUCACUCAGACCGCCACCACGGGUCCAAACGGGCCAGUUCGGUGCCCAGGGAUGGAGGGGAACCUGGAGGGAGGGGGGAUGCUGAGAGGGACAGGGGCCAUAGGAAGUCCGUCGCUGGGAUACCUGCUCAUCCUCCCAUCGGACCUAAUCAGAGGGUGGUUCGUGUCUACAGGGGGAAGAAGACCUUCGGCUUCACACUGCGAGGCCACGCUCCCGUCAGUGUCGACUCCGUCAUCCCAGAUAGUCCUGCUGAGGAGUGUGGACUGAAACCUGGCGACAAAAUCCUCUUCCUCAACGGACUGGACAUGAGGAACUGCUCCCAUGAGAAGGUGGUGUCCAUGCUGCAGGGCAGCGGAGCCAUGCCCACUCUGGUUGUGGAGGAAGGUCCGUGUGACUACACCUCAGAUCAAACCGACCCUGAAGAAGUGCCAAACAUGGCUCCCACCACAUUACCACGCUCCAGGUCUCCAGCCCUCAGCUCCCUGCAGUGGGUUGCUGAGAUUCUUCCGCCGAGCAUCAAAGUUCACGGACGGACUUUCAGCCAGCAGCUGGAGCACCUGCUGACCAUCCAGGAGAGAUACACCAUCUGCAAAGCCCUGGAGACGUUCUUCCAGCAUAGGAAUGUGGACACCCUGAUAGUAGAUGCGUUUCCGGUGCUGGAUACACCAGCAAAACAGCUCAUCUGGCAGUUCAUCUACCAGCUGCUGACAUACGAUGAACAGGAACGCUGCCAGUGCAAACUGUCCCGCUUCCUGGGAUUUAAGAGCAGUGCGGUUCUGGAACCUGACACAGGUCCAGAACACCACCGGCGGAGCAGCUCCAUGCGGGUGUCUGGCACAUCGUACCGAGGCAGCAUCCGAGAGAGGAGUUCUGAUGACUGCAUCAUAGGCACUCACCUGGGAAUGGGAAUUCAUGUCGAUGAGUCUGGGAGCCCGGAGGAGAGGCAGUCAGGAGACGGAACUUCCUUUCCAGAGUCCCCUGAUCUCAGUCAUAUGACAGGCGUGUACACAGAACUGGAGAACGUGUACAGUGGGAAGCCACAGCAGAGUGGCUCCUCAACGGAGCCCGAGGGGCCAGGACAGACCGAGGCCUCCUACAGCCGCCCUCUUUCCCCACUCACUCUCCCUCCUCUUAAAGCUUCCCUUGUUGCAGGUAAUCGUAAAUCAGGCCUGUCCCCUGUCUGGAAGGAGCCUCGCCCACCCCCUGUAUACGAGAUCCAUCACAAGAGCAGUGUGGAAUUCCAACCCUACGUGAGCCUGGAGAGCCCCCCUGCCUCACCAGAGCCUCCGGACAGUGACCUGGCGCUGAACCGCCGGAAGAAGCUGUUUACCUUCUCCCGCCCACCUCGCAGCCGCGACACCGACAAGUUCCUGGAUGCUCUGAGUGAGCAGCUGGGCCACCGGGUCACUCUGGUGGAUGACUUUGUACCUGGGGAGAACGACUACGAGGAGAUGAGUUUCCAGGAUGAACAGGAUGUGGGUUUCAUGCCCCGGCAGCUCAGCAGCGGCAGCAGCGAGGAACACAGCAGCAGCGACGAAGCCACCUCACCCACCUACUCCUCAGGCUCCGAACCCAUACCACCGCCUCCCACCGAAAGCCCCCCUCCUCCCCCACCUUUCCAAGCCCUGAUACCGCCUCCGGUCCAGUUCACCGACCCCCUCCCGCCUGUACGCUUCUCCCCAGAACAUGUCCCCCGCAGCCGAAUGCCCUUCCAUCCCCACCACCCCAUCAUCCCCCCGCCUCCUCCCCCUCCGAGGUCCCUGCUGUCCACCCGCUCCCCUCUACACAAGGUGCUCCCCACCAGAGAGGAGGUGGAGAAGAGUCACCAGCGCUUCCAGACCACCGCUCGAAGUUCUCACGGCCACACCCCCCUGACCUCCAGUACCCUGCGUUCAUCCAAACCGUCCCGCCCCUGCUACCUCCCCCGGCAGCUCAGCCAACCUCAGCCCAUCUGCCAGCCGACCCCCCAGCCAUCGCCACAGCCACUGAGACCGAGCCAGCUGGUCCUCCAGAGGCACCACCAGCUCCACCACCAACACAGCUAUCAGGGCCCACUGCCCCCAUCCCUGCAAGACCACAAGCCAUCCCAGAGCCAAGGACCAGCUGCCUCCUCCCUACACUCCACACAGCCUGCAGCCUCUCCCCCCGCCUCCCCUCCUCCCCUGCCUCCGCCGUGUGACCCACCUCCGCUGCCCAAACCAGGACACGCCUCGGACACCAACCACAUGAGUGUGAAACGGCUGCGCUGGGAGCAGGUGGAGAACUCUGAGGGGACAAUAUGGGGUCAGCUCGGAGAGGAUUCAGACUACGACAAGCUCACGGACAUGGUGAAGUACUUGGACCUUGAUUUGCACUUUGGAACACAACGUAGAUCCAUCUCUCCUCCAGAGCCAGCCUUCCUGCCAGAGAACUUUAAAAAGAAAGACGUGGUUGAGAUUCUUUCUCAUAAGAAAGCCUACAAUGCCUCCAUCCUCAUUGCCCAUCUGAAGCUCUCCCCUGCCGAGUUGCGCCAGGUCCUAAUGACCAUGACGACAGACCGCCUUGAACCGGCUCACAUCAAACAGCUGCUGCUCUACGCCCCCGAUGACGAGGAGGUCAAACAGUACGAACAGUUCGACCAGGACCCGGUUAAAUUGAGCGAGCCAGACCAGUUCAUUUUCCAGAUGCUGAUGGUGCCUGAAUAUAAGACCCGUCUGCGGAGUCUCCACUUCAAGACGACGCUGCAGGAAAAAACAGAGGAGAUGAAGGUGGCCUAUGAUUACAUCUACAAGGCUUCAGUGGAGCUGAAGAGCAGCAAGAAACUGGCCAAAAUCCUGGAGUUUGUACUUGCAAUGGGGAAUUACCUGAACAAUGGCCAGCCAAAGAGCCACAGGACAACGAGUUUUAAGAUCAACUUCCUCACUGAACUAAGUACGACCAAAACAGUAGACGGGAAAUCCACCUUUCUUCACAUUCUUGCCAAGUCUCUGUGCCAACAUUUCCCCGAGCUGCUCAACUUUUCCAGAGACCUAACAACCGUGCCUCUGGCUGCAAAGGUGAACCAGAGGGCGAUCACAGGAGAGCUGAGCGACCUUCACACCACAAUCCAGGACAUCAGGACGGCCUGUCUGAAGAUCCCACCCACGGCUGAGGACCAUUUUGCAUCUGUCAUGAGCAGCUUUCUGGAAAACAGCCACCCUGCGAUCCAGUCUCUGGAGUCUCUGCAGAACCGAGCCAUGGAGGAGUUCUCCAAGGUGGCCUCGUUCUUCGGAGAGGACAGCAAGUCCACCAACACCGAGGUUUUCUUCGGCAUCUUUGCAGAAUUCAUUUCAAAGUUUGAGAGAGCUCUGAAUGAGACCCAGACCCCAGAAAACCCCAAGAGCCCCAGACUGUCUUCCCCUCUGGCUUGGUAGAAGCACGAAACGUGGGCAGACGGUCGGGGCCACAGCGACGGGGCCGGUCGGCUCCACCUUCAGUCUGCUCUCCACAACCAAAGUGCCAAGAUCACACACAGAGACACUCAAACCGACAGGAACAGAGACCACUUCAUCUAUAGCAAGCAGAAAAGGGGGGGAGCACAGCAAAUACAGCCGUCCUCUGUAGAUACUUCCAUCAGUGACAGCGUGGCCUGUGUGUGGCUGUGCUGUCAGCUGAGGUGCUGGGUAGAGCAGGAACAUUCAGGUGUCCAACCACGUCAACACAAUCUCACCGCACUGAAGACUCUAACCAGUCUCUACAUUGUUUACGUCUCUGUUACAGACAUGUAGAUACACAACUCCAACUCCACUGCAUCUUACCACUCCAUUCAAACAAGAUGUAAACAAUGAGACGAACAGGUUUGGAUACACAGAGAUUAUUAGCUAUGUUUAUUACCUGACAAUACAAAGUUUAUAUUUUCUAUCAGAUCAUAUUUAAAAUUGUAAACAUUAGGUGUAGAUGUAGACUGACGACAGUUAUCUGGAAUCAAGACAAAUGUAGUUUAGUUAGUGUUUACAGAGCCAGAACAGAGCAAGCGCUUCCUCGCUCAGUGUGUUUGAUCAGACAGUUCAAACAGUGGUGCGUUCACUGCCAAUCACAUACCAUCAUUCAUUUCACAGGAUCCAUCCUGCUCUGCAUCCAUGUGGUAAAUAUGAAGAUACAGCCAGCAGUCCUUUAGCUUGGCCAAGUAUUAAUACUAGACACCGGGAGAAAACAGCCAGGGUGGCUAACUUUACAUAACCAUCAUAUACAAAU